ACACUCCGCCUCCCUCGCCGCCGGUUGCCGCCACCGCCGCCGCUGCCGCGAACUUACAGUCAACCGCCGCUCCGCCAUGGCUCUACGCCGAGCCGUCUCCCUCCUCCUCAGUAGACCACGCCUCCGAGCUCCCGUCCCGAUCCCCGCACGCAGAACCCCAAACCCUCUCCUCCUCCCUCCACGCCGCCACUUCUCCCCGCGCCCGCCGCCUCCUCCAGCCACAGCCUCCACCGUUGCGGAAGCGGCGGAGGAGGCCUUCGAGGCGGCGAAGGGCACCAGGGACCUCCUCGACGCCUUCUCCCGCCUCGAGGCUGUGCUGCCGCCCUCCGACAAGCGCCUCGCCCUCGCCUGCCUCAAGCUCGGCCAGCACCUCGACGGCUCCGGCUCCGGCGACCCCUCCCGCGUCCUCUCCCUCGCCCUCCGCUCCCUCGGCAUCCUCGAGGCGGCCCCCAACCCCACCGCCUCCCAUUCCGACGCCGUCUCGCUCGCCAUGGCUCUCCACCUCGCCGGCUCCGCCUCCUUCGACCUCUCCCGCUUCCACGACGCCCUCUCCUUCCUCUCCCGCUCCCUCCGCCUCCUCUCCCCGCUCCUCCCCUCCAAGGACGUCGCCGCCGCCGACGCCUCCGGGGAAGAAGGUGACGGCGACGUUGAAGGGUUCGACGUGAGGCCCGUGGCGCACGCGGUGCGCCUGCAGCUUGCCAACGUGAAGACGGCGCUGGGGCGGCGGGAGGAGGCUCUAGCUGACAUGCGCGCGUGCCUUGAUCUCAAGGAGUCCAUCCUGCCACCGGGCAGCCGGGAGCUUGGUGCCGCAUACCGGGACCUCGCGGAGGCUUACGCCACCGUGCUCGACUUCAAGGAGGCGCUGCCAUUGUGCCAGAAAGCGCUUGAAUUGCACGAGUCGACGCUCGGCAAAAACUCGGUGGAGGUUGCGCAUGAUAGGCGGCUGCUUGGGGUGAUAUACACCGGGCUGGAACAGCAUGAGCAGGCCCUGCAGCAGAAUGAGAUGUCACAGAAGGUGAUGAAGAGCUGGGGUGUGGCUGGUGAUGAGCUCCUGCAUGCGGAGAUUGAUGCGGCGAACAUUAAGAUUGCAUUGGGCAAGUUUGACGAGGCCGUUACCGUGUUGAAGAAUGUCGCUAAGCAGGUGGAGAAGGAUAGCGAGAUACGAGCUCUAGUGUUCAUAUCUAUGGCAAAAGCUCUUGCUAACCAGGAGAAGACCGGAGACACAAAGAGGUGCUUGGCGAUUGCUUGUGACAUACUCGAGAAGAAGGAAUUUGCUGCACCAGACAAGGUGGCUGAGGCGUAUGUCGAGGUAUCCUCGCUGUAUGAGAUGGUCAAUGAGUUCGACAAGGCAAUAGCUUUGUUGAAGAGGAGCUUGGGUAUGCUUGAGCGGAUCCCUCAGGCACAACACAUGGAAGGGAAUGUUGCAGCUAGGAUUGGUUGGCUAUUGCUUCUGACGGGGAAGGUGUCGGAGGCUGUCCCGUAUUUGGAGGAUGCAGUGGAGAGGAUGAAGGACAGCUUUGGACCAAAGCAUUACGGGGUAGGGUAUGUGUAUAAUAAUUUGGGUGCUGCGUAUAUGGAGAUGGACCGCCCACAGUCUGCUGCACAGAUGUUUGCGCUUGCAAAGGAAGUCAUGGAUGUUUCCUUAGGGCCACACCACUCAGAUACCAUAGAGGCCUGCCAAAGCCUUGCCAAUGCAUACAAGGCAAUGGGAAGCUAUGCCCUGGCUAUGGAGUUCCAAAAGCGAGUGGUUGAUUCUUGGCGAAACCAUGGUCCCAGUGCUAGGGAUGAGCUCAAGGAAGCUAUUCGUCUCUAUGAGCAGAUCAAGAUAAAGGCCCUUGCAUUCCUAUCAUCUGAAAAUUCAGCAAUUCAAUUGCCUGAACCUCAAGAAAAGGAGGUUGAUUCCGAUUCUACCAGAGUUGCUCAACAAUAACUUCGGAGUAUUGUACGCAUCAAUUUCUUCUAUUAAUAUAUAUUAUCAUGAUAUGUUGUUUAGUGGUAGAAGAAA